AUGCAUGGCCUUCCCAAUCUUGAGAACAAGCAUAAUGACUGUACUGCCAGGAUCCAACCCAUUGUAGAAGCAAACAACGCACCCAAACUAGACGCCCUUUGUGGGCACACGGGACAGGGGCGUCGUGGGAUUACCCGGGGAGUUGCUCUUCCUUCUCUCGCCCGCUUGAUAGUGCGUGCUCGCACCACCCGCGCCGACUGCAUACUCCGCGCAACCGGCGCAAACGUGGCCCGAGGAGAGGAAAGACCGCCAAGGGUUCGGGCCUCAGCGUCUGCAGAUGGGGAAGGUGCCCAAGAAGGCGGGACUUGCACUCCGGCAAAAGCCAGUCCGAACGUCCACCCGAGACCCGGCGGGUCGUCCUUCUGUGAAGGCGUGCAGGAACCACAGCCGAGCCCACCCGGCGGGGGUCGGCACGCCGGGAAUCUGCCGGGUUACCCCGUGCGCCCCCCCUUCCCGGUCGGCCAACGUGGCGCGACCGGCCCCGGUCGAACCUUCUUGCUGUGCCAGUUCGGGGUGGGGAGGGAAAUUCGAGCGAAAGGGUCCGACGCCCGAGGGCUUAUCCAAGACGCACAGGCGGCCCCCCCAAAACCCCAAAAGACACCACCCACCCCCGGAGCGUAA